AUGUCGAGAGAUUGCAAGAAACGAGAUAUCCCCGUUACGCAAACCGAAGCAGAGGCACCCACCCGUGGGGACCUUGUAUCUGUUGAUAACACGGGUCUUCGACGGAUUCCUGAUCGCAUCCCAUGGGUUGUUCUGCUCGUCAUUAUUGUCGAGCUGGGCGAGCGUUUCACAUACUUCGGACUAAGUGGUCCCUUGCAGAACUACAUCAAGAAUCCGUAUGGCGGCGAGCAACCAGGAGCGCUUGGGAGAGGUCAGGCUGUCGCGACGGCUUUGGGUAACUUCUUCAAAUUCUGGGCUUACGCCUCGACGGUCCUGGGCGCCAUUGUCGCAGACCAGUUCCUUGGCAAAUUCAAGGCCAUCCUGAUCGCGUGCGGCAUUUACGUGGUCGGUCUUACUAUCCUAGUGACCACCGCGACACCAUCAGCUAUCAAUGGGGGAUCUGCGUUUGGUGGCCUUGUCGCUGCCAUGGUCAUUAUUGGUGCCGGCACGGGGGGUAUCAAGGCCAACGUGACUCCCUUUUGCGCCGAACAGUAUCAAAAGGCGCAUGCAUACGUGAAGACGUUGAAGUCGGGUGAGCAGGUCAUUGUUGAUCCUGAAUUGACUGUUGAGCGGAUGUUCCUGUGGUUUUACUGGGCAGUCAACAUCGGCGCCUUGUCACCUUUGAUUACGGUCAACGUCGAGACACAUGUUUCCUUCUGGCUCGCAUACCUGAUUCCACUCAUAGUAAUCGUCAUCAUCGCAGCACUGUUCCUCUGCAGCAACAAGCUCUUCCUCAAGACCCGCCCCCGGGGCUCUCCGAUUGUUGAUGCUGCUCGGACUGUCCACAUUGCCAUUGCAGAACGCAGCUUCGAGAAAGCCAAGCCAAGUGCUCUGCGCGAGAACGGCAAGUUCGACCACUAUCCCUUUGCCAAUAAAUCGGGCUAUACGGAUUAUAGCGUGGAGAAAGUCAAAACAGGCAUCACGGCUUGCAAGUUAUUCCUCCUAUUUCCGCUGUAUUUUGUCUGCUGGACGCAGAUCUGGAACAACCUCAUUUCGCAGGCCGGGCAGAUGGCGCUCCAUGGAACCCCCAAUGAUCUCUUGCAGAACCUGAAUCCAAUUGCUCUCAUUAUCUUCAUUCCGUUGUUAGACUUCGUUGUCUAUCCCUUACUCCGCCGUUAUAAAAUAAACUUCCGGCCCGAGCUGAAAGUAACUGCCGGUUUCUUCAUGGCCGCCGUCUCCAUGGUCUACGCCUGUGUCCUCCAGCACUACAUUUACAAAUCUCCGCCGAAUAGCAUCCACGUCUGGAUUCAGGCCCCGAUCUACCUCCUUGUCGGCUUCUCCGAAGCUUUUGUGGUGAUUACCGGGUUAGAAAUUGCGUAUACAAAGGCACCGGAAAGUCUCCGCUCCCUAGUUUCGGCUCUGUUCUGGCUCACAAUCGGCAUUGCGGCCGCCAUCUGCAUUGCACUUGCGCCUGUAUCUCAAGACCCAUAUCUUGUGUGGAUGUAUGGAUCUCUGGCAAUCGUUGGGUGUCUAGGCGGAAUCUUGUUCUAUGUUCUGUUUGGUCGGGCUUUUGAUGCGCCAGUACCUCUUGACUUGGUGGGUUGCGACGCGGAGCCGAACAAGGUGUAG